ACCAAAACUCCGUUUCCAUUUGGUACUAUGGAUUCACACGAGUCAUACGCGAUACCGUUCGGGGAUUUUACAGAUGUACUCCAAAUUGGAUGCGCUGGUUCUGGAACAAUGAUUCACAAGGCAUUGUGGACAUCACAAAAUAAUCGGCAAGUUGCAAUUAAGAUCUACAAUAAGCAACUUCACGAUAAAGAGGUCAAUAUUCUCAGAAAACUUGAUCACCCAAACAUCAUUAAAUUCUACGGAAUUGUAAACCCUCCAUUUUCCAGUGGGAUUGUCAUCGAAUAUGCUUCAGGAGGCGAUCUUUUGAACUUCUUGGCAUCUAAACGCAAAGAGAAAGUUGGAGCAAGGCUUCCACGAAGACAGUUUACUCACUGGUGCCUUGAUAUUGCUGUUGGCAUUCAAUACCUGCAUGGGCGUCGUAUUACCCACAAAGAUAUAAAAUCACCUAACGUUCUUCUAAGUGAUGAUAUUAUUCAUGAAAAAGGUGAAGAAUCGUUAAAGCGUUUGAAAAUAUGCGACUUCGGCAUCUCGAAAGAACUCACCAGUACAGAAUCAGUAGUUUCUAGAUUCGGCGGGUGUACUAAAUCAUGGGCAGCCCCCGAGGUUAUUACGGAUGAUCGGGUGGUUUCUCAAAAAUCAGAUAUUUACUCAUUAUGCGUUGUUUUCUGGGAGUUGUGGACAUGUCAACAACCGUGGUCGGAUCACUUAAUUUCCGAUAUUGAAACCAAGGUGAAACGGGGAAUUUUGCUCGAAAUACCUAAAGACUUUCCAGAGUUGAUGAAACCAAUGAUGUUGAAAUGUUGGCAAAUGGAGAGACACAGACGAUGUGAAAUUGACGAUAUAGUUGCCUGCAUUAAAAGUCUAAUGUCUGAGUGGCAGAUAAAAGUCUGUCACGAAAACACGUCCGAGAACAAAGGAAAUACUCAAAGUGAAGUGAUUACCAAGGGAAGUGUUGAAGAAGACAAAAUAAUGAAACAGCAAACACAGCUAGAAGACCAGAAACCAGAUAAGGUACCAGUUCAACAGAACCAACAGGUCGAACAAACAUUUAUCGAAACAGAAUUGGUUGAUGCGACAUCACAGAAUAGUAAAUCAUUUGAAAUUACGAUAAAUGAGGUUAAGGAAGCAACAUGUUUACAGAGCUCCGCGGAAACUGAUAGACAAGAGGAAUGCGAUUACGAAAAAGAAGAAGACUACGCCAAAAUAAACGAGGACGAUGCAGUAUACUAUGAUAUCGAGCAGGAGGAGGAUUAUGCGGAAGUUCCUGUAGUCGAUGAAAAAAGUGAGCAUAAGGAAAUACGUUGCCGGGUAGUUGCUUCAAAGAGUAAUGAAAGUAUGCAACAAAAACAUGAUGUCUUGGAAAACUCUACAAAGCAGGCUGCUGAAAAUGCAGCUGAAUUAAAAGAACCCGGAGUUAUUGAAGGUGGGCAUGUCGCUUACAUUGUUAAUCGCUUCGAAAGCCUCGAUGUACUAGAUGAUAAUGCAGUCGAGACUUUAAGAAGAAAAAUAUCCGGUAAAGAGAAUACUAUAAAUAACGAACGUGAAGAAAACACCACCACUGGAGGAAGUGAGGUCGCUCCAAUCUCACCUGUACUACCAGUAAGAACAUACCAAAAUCUGAUGUCCCCAGUACCAAAACUUGCCGAUUACUACGACGAUAUUGACGGCAUAUAUGUAUCACCCGAAGGGAAAUCAGGCGAGGAACUAACAAAAUUAUAUGAACAUGUAGAAAAAAGCUACACAGAUCUUAAACUUGUUAAGGAAGAAUGUAUAGAUAACAACCGAUUCAAUGAUAUAUUAAAUAGUGGAGAACUGCGACACCUGAUGACAAAUACGUAUGAUGUAGAGAACAUAAUGUCAAGGAUUUAUACUUGGUUCAACCAAUGUAAAUGGCAAACUCCUGCUAUUUGUCAACUAAUAACCAAUAUUCUUGAAGCAGAUUAUUUACAACCGAUCAUCAACUUUGCAAUAUAUUCACAGCUUCAAAUGAACAUGUUGAAAUGCAUAAGGUAUGGGCAUCUCCACUUUGCGGAAAAGUUUACAAGUUUACAAAGACGAGGCUCCGAAGAAAACAUGAACUACAAACUAUCAUUUAAAGAUCUUCAAGAAAUCAUACUGAGACAAGCUAACUGGCUGAAGAAGUUUCAUAGUAUAUUAAAGAGUUUCUGUGACGCUCUAGUUGUUGAGAAAGUGGAAGACACAUCGGUGAUUGAAGAUAUGAAAGAAUGUUGUUGCAAAUUACAACAAAUAAUUCUCAACUGUAAUGAACACGAAAGCCGCAUUAUUCGAGAUAUUCAGCAUCACAGCACAUCUAUACUUCAAAAACUUCGGUUUAAAUAUGUAGGUGAGAAAGAACGCGAGUCUCAGAAAGCUAUGGUAAGCGAGGAGAGUUGGGUUAAAAAGACGGGUACCAUUUAUCUUACUGAGGACAUCAAACAAAGCAAGAGGCACUCAGUAAUAGACAAGAGGAAGAAGUGCACAAUGAUGGCUUUUGUUUCAACAGUCAUUAUUGUGGAAGAUAAAGGUGAAUACUUAAGAGUGAUAGACUGUGUCCAUAAAAGUAAUAUCAAAUUUGAAAGACAAGUCUAUCAGAACAUGGGCUGCACAGGAGGUGAGACACUGAUACUAACUAAGUUGGACCCGCUUACCAAGUUGCCUGUCAAAGAAUAUGGAUUCACACUCGAAGACAGCAAUGAAAUACAAGAGUGGACGAAGGCAUUCGAAUUUUCCGAAGAGGAAAAACAGUGUCAAGAUACGGAAUAUGUUGAAAGAUAA